GUUGCGCGUGCACCGCGAAACGGGUCGGUGGCCCGUUUGUAGUUUAUAGUUUACCCGAACAUGUAAGCUGUAGAACAUUUUUUUUUCCAAAUUCACUAUUUUAAAUACCCGUCAGUCUCAUCAGAACAAAGAUGGAGUGCUAUACGUCUGAUAGUUGCGACAGCGAUAGCAGAGAACAAAAAACACUCGACCUCUCAAAUCGUUCAUUGGACUGCAGGACCGUAUCAUCGGAAUUGAAGAGCUUAAUAGACGAGAAGGAUUGUGCAGAUAGUAAUAAUUACGAAAUACUGCUACUUUACAGCAAUCGAAUCAAGUCUUUGCCGGAUGCUAUUAAUAAGUUUUGCAACCUUAAGAUCUUGGAUGUCAGCAACAAUAGACUAACUUCACUCCCUGAUGUAUUAAGAAACUGUCCACUUACAUCAUUAAUAGCUAAGCAUAAUGAAUUAACCAAUGAGUCCUUACCAAAGUGUUUCUAUUCAACGAAAAAUACAUUAAGAGAAUUCAACCUCAGUGGAAAUAAGCUCAAUUACUUUCCAGAACAAGUAUUACAAUUAAAGUCACUUAAAUAUCUUUAUUUAGGAGGCAACAACAUCGUCAAUAUACCAAAGGAUAUAUGGAAGUUAAAUAGCUUACAAAUUUUAUCGAUAGGUGCCAACCAAAUAUCAGAAGUACCUGAUUCUGUGGGAGCUUUGAUAUCUCUUCAAGCUUUGGUUCUAAGUAAUAAUCAAAUAGAGCAACUACCACCUAGCAUCGCCAAUCUCAAACAAUUAAGAUCACUGCUACUGCAUAAAAACAAAUUGAAAACGUUGCCAACUCAAAUCAUAAAAUUAAAAUGCUUAACAGAGUUAAGUCUUCGAGACAACCCUCUCGUGGUGAGAUUUGUAAGAGAUAUGACUUUGCAGCCAGCUUCUUUGCUUGAAUUAGCUGCUCGAACUAUCAAACUUUACAAUAUUCCGAUUCAACCAGGUGAUAUUCCUACAACAUUGAAUAGAUAUUUAAAAGCAGCUCAGUGUUGUGUCAACCCAAAGUGCAAAGGUGUAUUUUUUGACAACCGUGUUGAACAUAUCAAGUUUGUGGACUUUUGCGGUAAAUACCGAAUUCCACUUCUACAAUAUCUAUGCAGCUCUAAAUGUAUCACAGGCAGUUGGGAAAGUCGCGAAAUAGACAGCAAUGCAACUCCUCAUUUGUUGAGUAAGGUUCUUUUGGGCUAAACUAAUCAGCAUAAUUUGUUAAAUUGAUAAUAAAUUUAUUGCAUAAUAUUCCAAUGCAUUACCUAUUUUAUAGUCAACUUUUUUGUUUUAUGUAAUAUUGUAUUUAAAAACAUGUAUCAUCUUGUAUAGUCAUUUUACAUAAAAUAUGAUAUAAAGGACCAUAUAAAAUAAAUAAAUUAAACCAUGUAAGUAAAUUAAGAAUAUAUCUAUUGUUAUAGUUUACAAAACAAAUAUUUUUCCUAAUCUAAAUGUUGCUAUAAUUUUUAAAAUUAAAUGUUUUAUAAAAAUUAUUAUA